CCGAGGUGGUUGCGCAGCCCUGGCACCCCUCGCCAGUUUUGUGGCGUCUCUCGGCACCCCCGGCUCGGGUUUAUUUUCUUUCCCCGCCCUCGGCCGCAUCCACCCGGCCCCGCACCCACUCCCUGCUCCUGUUCUCCGCCAUCGCAUCCAUCUGCUCGCUGUCACCGCGUCCCCGCCGGUGUCCCAAGCGCCCUGGAGCGCGACCGGAGGGCGAGGGGCAAGGCUGGAAAGUAGGGACCCCCCGAGCCCCAGCCCGGUGUCGGCGCCCAGAGGGAUGUGGAGCCACAGAGGCAGCGGACCCUGUGACUGACACACCCCGGCUGCCCACAGCUGAAUGGAAAGACUGCAGAAGCAGCCACUGACCUCCCCUGGGAGUGUCUGCUCUUCCCGUGGAUCCAGCGUUCCUGGCUCUCCCUCCAGCAUCGUGGCCAAAAUGGACAACGAGGUCCUGGGGUACAAGGACCUGGCUGCCAUCCCAAAGGACAAAGCGAUCCUGGACAUUGAACGUCCCGACCUGAUGAUCUACGAACCCCAUUUCACCUACUCGCUCAUGGAGCACGUGGAGCUGCCCCGGAGCCGGGAGCGCUCUCUGUCUCCCAAAUCCAUGUCUCCUCCUCCAUCUCCGGAGGUCAUCCGGGAGUGGCUGGAGAGCCGCCCCCCCAGCAGCACCCCGCUGCCCCCCUCGCGCCAGGGCACGGCCCCCACCCGCAGCAGCGUCCAGCACUUCCACCGACCCGAGACCGACACGACAGAGCUCAACAUUUACAAGAAACCCCCGAUCUACCGGCAGAAAGACCAUCAUUCCAGUGCCCACCACGGGAAGCAUCUCAUAGAGGACUUGAUCAUCGAAUCCUCCAAAUUCCCGGCGGCGCAGCCCCCGGAUCCCAACCAGCCCGCCAAGAUCGAGACCGACUACUGGCCCUGCCCGCCGUCCCUGGCCGUCGUGGAGACGGAGUGGAGGAGGCGGAUGGCGUCCAAGAGAGGGGAGGAGGAGGAUGAGGAUCUAACGGAGGAGAUGAAGAACCUGCGGGAGCUGCAGAGGCAGGAGCUGAGCAAGGUCACCUCCAACCUCGGGAAGCUGAUCCUGAAGGAGGAGAUGGAGAAGUCUCUCCCGAUCCGGAGGAAAACUCGCUCGCUGCCGGACCGGACGCCUUUCCACACGUCUCUCCACACGAGCUCCAAGAGCUCUUCCCUCCCCGCCUCCGGCCGGAGCACCCUCACCCGGCUGCAGUCGGCAGAGUUCGGCUCGGCGGGGAGCGAGAAGGGCAGUCCUGGUGCGGAUCAGGGCAACGGCCAGCGCGGGCGCAUGGACAGAGGGAACUCCCUGCCCAGCAUGCUGGAGCAAAAGAUCUACCCCUAUGAGAUGCUGAUGGUGACGAACCGAGGCCGCGUGAAGCUCCCGCCAGGCGUGGACAGGACCAGGCUGGAGCGCCACCUGUCCCCCGAGGAUUUCCUGAAGGUGUUCGAGAUGCCGCCGGAGGAGUUCAGCAAGCUGGCCCUGUGGAAGCGCAACGAGCUGAAGAAGAAAGCCUUCCUCUUCUGAGCCUUCCUCGGGCCCAGCUCAGUCCGUGUCGCGCCGUGUAACCGCUUUAGGGCUCUCAGCCGGUUUUUAUUGGGGUCCUCUCCCCCUUUCCCCGCGCCCCCCAGCCCCCCAGUUCUGCCCCCCUCACCCCACUCCUCCUGCAGGGAACGGGACCGGGGGUAGCUCGAACCUGCCUGGCCGCAGGGUGAUGGGGCUGGGGCACGGUUCAGCCAGGACGGGAGGUUUGGGGAGGGGUCUCUGGGCUUUGUGCCCCCCUUUUCUCCCCACCCCAGGAAUGUGCCUGGCUCUGCUUUCGCCCGGCUGGGAGCGCGCUGGCUCCACUGGGGGGGCACUGGGGGGCUCCCCUCCUUCCUGGGGGUCCGCUGCCCCCCACCCCUCCCAGCCCGGGGUGCCCCUGUGCCCCCCCAAGGUGCCCCUGUCCCCCACCCUGAGGCUUUCUGGGGGCCGACACUGCCAGACCGAUGUUCUCCCGGCACAAAUCCCACCUUACCCCCCUGAAGCCCCCCAGGUUUGUCCCCCCCACUCACCCCCGGUCCCUCCUGUGCCAGGUGCCGCAGAGAGGACCCCGAGGACACUGCCAGACCCUCCCACCCCAGCUCCGGGCUGGGCAGAGGGGCAGGGGGAGCACCCUGGGGGUGGCAGAAUUGGGGUGGGGGGUCCCCGGGGCAGCUCCUGGUGCAUUUCCAGGUGCGGGUGUGGUUGGGGAGGGGGCACUGGGGAGAUGAUUUGGGAGUACAGGAGGGCACUGGGGCGAUGAUUUGGGAGUACAGGAGGGCACUGAACUGGGAUGUUGAACUGAGGCGACAGACUGGAGCAGGGCACGGCUCGAUGGGCGCCGUGGCCACUCACCGGGGGCCGGGCAUUGCCCCCGUCCCCUCCCGGCCGCUCGGACAGGGCUCGGCACCGGGCAGCACCUUCCCUUCUCACCUUCCCUCCCCCUCCAGGCACAUAUUUUGGGCAGGACCCCUCUCUCCCCGCACUCCCCCCGCCCCUCCAAGCUCCCCGGUUUUUGUUUCCAGCCACUUUCCAGCCGCUAGACCUUGUUGGGAUGUAAAGAAUGUAAUUUAUCGGGAAUUCACUGGCCCAUACUUGCCUUUCACUGCUACAAACGACAUAUCUAUAAAUAUAUAUAUAAACAUGGGUUGUUUUCGGACUGGACUACAGUGAUUCACUUUCUCUGUUUUUGUUAGAGUUUAUUUUAUUUGCUGGUGUCGGAGAAUCCGCGUGAGAGUGAUUUUUUGCUUACAAUUAAAGGUGAAAUGGCUUUA